GCUCGACCACACCGUACUCAUCUACCUUGAUGAUAUCCUGGUUUAUACUCUGAUGCUGGACAAGCACCUCGAGCACCUUCGCGCCGUUUUGGAGCGGCUUCGUAUCGCCAAGUACAAGGCGAACCUCGACAAGUGCGAGUUUGCCCAGCAAGACUUGGAGUACUUAGGCCACUACGUGAUGCCGCAAGACAUUCGUCCGCUCGCGGACAAAAUACAAGGCAUUCAAGAUUGGCCGGACCUCAAGUGUACUACCGUCGUCCGCUUCUUUUUGGGCUUAGCAUCAUAUUACAUGCGCUUCAUCAAAGGGUUUCAACGGAUCGCUGCACCAUUGUCGCGACUUCAGUCCCCCUUGGUGCCCUUCAAGUUCAGCGGUGAAGCCCGGCAUGUGUUCCACAUGAUGAAGACAACUUUGCUUCAAGCUCCCGUCUUAAGCAUCUAUGACCCGACCUUGCCUACCAACGUGACUACGGACGCUUCCGACUACGGCAUUGGCGCGGUUUUGGAACAGCAUGACGGCACAAACUGGCAUCCGGUUGAGUACUUCAGCCAGAAGGUGCCGCCCAUCAACACUCUUGAUGAUGCGAGGAAAAAGGAACUCCUAGCUUUCGUCACCGUACUUAAGCGUUGGCGUUAUUUCCUCCUCGGGCGUCGACGAUUCACGUGGGCAAUGGACAACAAUCCGUUGACUUAUUACAAGAUGCAAGACAUGGUGAGCAGCACAAUCGGUCGGUGGAUGUACUUCAUUGACCAGUUCGACUUCACCUCCAAACACAUUCCGGACUCCUCGAACAAGUCAACGGAUGCUCUCUCACGAAGACCAGAUCUUUGCGCCUUGGUGCACUCCACAUUCAGCCUCGACGAGGACCUGCAACAGCAUUUCGUAAACGGCUACAAGUCGGAUCCAGGAUCCUCCACACUCUAUGCGGACUUAUCAUCGGAUCAUCCGUCGACAAGCAAUUAUCACAUUGUCGACGGCUACUUGCUCCUCCAUACACGAGGCAAGGACUUGUUGUGUGUUCCCCAAGACCGCAUCUUGCGCACUCGCCUCCUUGGCGAAUACCACGAUUCACGGCUGGCGGGACACCUUGGCGUCGCGCACACUUGCACGACUCCGCCACCGAUUUCACUAGUCGGACAUCAUCAGCGAUAACAACCAGUACAUUCAGUCAUGUGCAGUUUGCAACCGGAACAAAGGGCGCCAUCAGCU